GCCACGCCCGAGGAGUUGGGUCAAAUCUGCUCAUUUGAUUCCGCCAAGGACGUGUUUCCAGGUUUCAUGCAUCCGAUGUUUAACAACUUUUGUUCCCUCCGACUCCUACCCGAAGACAUCCGAGUUUUUACGUCAUGAAUUUGACUUACCCCACUGACUGUUCGUUCAAAGUUGGAGAAUAAAUUUGAUCGGAGCACAUGUUUCAAUUCAAGUAGAUAUUUUUUACAAGGAUUUUCUUAUAUGUAUAGCCCAAGUCAUUAAAAAAACAAAACAAGAAACAACAAAAACAAGCAAUAAUAAAUACACCCAAGAAUGUAGUACAAACGUUUAUCGUGAUUUAGUUCAUCUGAGAUUGAUUUUACACAUCGAAGUGGAACUGUCUGUGUCAAACUGAGGGAAUCCUAAUGGUGAGAUCCAACAGUCAUCACAAACAAAGCGGUUUUUUGAACACGGUGAAAUGAUGGUGAGAUAUCGUUUCAAAAGGCGUUGAGGAUUUUGUAAUAUCUAUGAUUGACCAAUCAAAUGGUGGCAUAGGACGAUGGGCGCCAAGUGCAAAGGUGGGUCACUCUUGAUUAAAAUAUUAAUUAAUUUAAUUAUAAGAUUUGAUUGAUAGUGAUUUUCAUUUCAUAGAUCAACCCAUCAGUUACACUUUGUGUACAGCAAAAAAUGCUUGAACUUGUGUCAAUUACUUUUAUUAAGUUUGAUACGAGUGUUACUGACCGCGUGCAAGAGGCGGUCACACAAACAUUGGGACGAAGUACGGGAUUAACUUACACUUUACACGACGUGGAAGCACAAGAGAGUAAAUCACUGACCCUCAGAUGAAUGAAAACCCCCCUUGAAGACGGCUUAUGCCCCAUGGGCGGAGUAGAAGGGCAUAUAAAUCUUACUUUAUACGAGUAGUAACAAUGUUUUAUAAUGAGCAUAGUGCGAUUCGUCUGUUGUUUUUUUUGUUAAUUAAACCACUUUUUCAAUUGAUGCUUAAAUAAUUGCCAUGGAAAUAUUGAUUCUAGAGUAAAUUAAAUGUACCGACUCCUUCACACACACAAUGGGGGUCAUCCAUAAAGUAGGUCACGCUCCGGAGGGGUGGGGGGGGGGAGUCGAAGGAAGUGUGACAGUUUGUGACAUGGUGGGGGUUUGGGGGUAAAGAUCACAUUUAAUGUCACGCAUUUAAAAAAAAAUUUGUUUAUCAUUCAAAAAAAAAAAAAAAAAUUGAAAUUGAAAGUGAUGUUUAACUUUCUUUUGUGAUGGAUGCAUCCUGUCAGAAGAUGUCACUCUAGCAUUGCUUGUGCAUACUAAUAAUAUAAUGCGAGAUGAAUUUUAAAAUCUCAAUUAACUUUCGGCGGGGGGGGGGGGGGUCCCUAAAUGACGUCAGUCACGCUAUUCGUGCGGGUUUGUGAAGAAUGCUUUAGAUGACCUUUGAAUGCGUUGUUCAUUCUUAAACAAUCUUUAACGUUUAGUUGGGAAGUGGGAUGUUAUGACGCGUAUCUGAAAAUUUGAUCGAAAGAAAUUUUGUCGACGGUAAAUUUAUCGACGGUAAUUUGAUCGAAAGGAAAUCUGGUCGAUUCUUUUUUUUUAGUUUUUUACGUUAAAAUUUUGCUUCAAGGAAAUAUUUUUAACGCAUUAUUUUGUUUGACUAUAUAGUAUGAUGCGUUCAAAAAGAAAUUUGACGAAAAUAAUUUUAACGCGUGAACUGAAAAUACGAUUCGAUCAAAUUUCCGUUAGAUCAAAUUUCCGUCGAUCAAUUUACCGUCAACGAAAUUUCUUUCGAGCAAAUUUCAGGUAACCGUUAUGACGUGAUAUGGGAGUGGGAGUCUGUGUGUCUGCUAUUUAUGACAGAUUGUUACGGUGGGAGAUGUUAAUCACUGUCCAAAAAAAAUAUCGAGUCAUCUAUCUAUGGAAGGCCCCCGAUACUCUUACUCUUUACGUUACAUUAACUAUUUUCAUUUAUUUUCUUUUUUUCUUUUUUUUUUUUUUUAUGCUUUCAGGAUGUGGAAGCUGUCUUUUAUUUAUUGUUACGACGAUUUUUGUAUACAAACUGUCACUACCGGUGUUUCUGGAGAACUUUGACCCGGAAGGAGAUAUUCCAUUUUUUUUUUCUUUACAUUAACUAUUUUCCUUUAUUUUCUUUUUUUCUUUUUUUUUUUUUUUAUGCUUUCAGGAUGUGGAAGCUGUCUUUUAUUUAUUGUGACGACGAUUGUUGUAUACAAACUGUCACUACCGGUGUUUCUGGAGAACUUUGACCCGGAAGGAGAUAUUCCCAGCGACACGAGGAUUUUACCAAAAUCCGACAGGACAUACAGGUUUCUGAGAUUUGUCAUCGAUAUUGAUUAGAUUAAAACAUACUCACUUAAAAUGGUUUUAAGAUAUAGACUCACCUCACCCCCCCCCCAUACACGUACAAAUACAUACAUUCAUUUAAAAAAAAUAAAUUCUAGUCUCCACCAUCCGUCAAAGUUGAAGGGGGGGGGGGGGCCACAUAAAACACUUAUUGAGUACACUUCGAAGAACAUUCAAGAAUUCAUCAACAACUUCUUAUAUAUAUAUUUUUUUUAAAAUAAUAUCUCACCACGUGCCCUCCUUCAUGUCUCGUGAUUGAAUUUUUUUUUAUUCUAUCUUGAUUCCACACACUAACCUACUUUUUAACUCCAAUAAUAGAACAAGGUAUGUUGGAGCAGGCCAACCACUCUUUUUUCUCUUAAAAUUCCAGAGAUUUUGUCAAAAUAUUUCCCAAGAUUUCCCAAGAACAUGAAGAUUAAUGAGUUUUUUUAUUUAAAUCUUGGGAAUUUUUUUAAAGGGUGAGUUUUUGUCCUAAAUGGGGUAGUGAAUUCCCAAAAUCUUGGUAACAUUCCCAAGGUGUGUUGAAGCUUGAACCAAUAGACAGGACAACAAGAUAUGAAAGUUUCGGCUUAGAGACUUCUUCUGCAAUUGAAAAUACAACAAGAAACAGAGCACCGUUAACGCAAAAUGUCUCUUGAUUCAAGCUUCAGCAUGCUUUGAUCUUCCAAUUUCAUUUACACAGCUUGAAUGCAGUCCUUCAAUUUAUUUUAUUUUCUAACUCCACAGUGGCCAGCACAUCAUUUGCCACAAAUUUGAAGGAGGCCUGGGCAGCACUCUCUUCCAGUACGCUUCUCUCCUCGGCAUCGCCCAGCGCCAGAGCCGCUUGUUGGUCGCCCGGGGGAACACGACUCUGGCGCACCUUCUGAGGGCGCCGAAAUUUAAGAUCAACAAAAGCCAGUGCCGGAGCGUCGCGCGGCUGGUCGAGUCCGCGUGCUGCCGGAUGGACGAAAGCUUGGUGAACUUGGAAAUCAACAAGAACUACGAGAUAGAAGGCUCGCUCCACAGCUGGAAAUACUUCAAGGAUAAUUUCGAUUCGAUUCGGAAAGAGGUGCAGUUUCACGACGGGAUCGUGCACCAGGCCAAACGCAUCGUAGAGAAAGCCUUGCUGAUUCACAACAGCACCACGACGGACACAGCUGUCGUGGGCGUGCACGUGAGGAGGGGCGACAAACUGCACUGGAGCUCAGUUGACCAGGGAUACAGGGUCGCGCCGAGGGAAUACUUCCUGAAAGCCAUGAAGUACUUCCGGGAUCUACUGGGCGGCUCGGUGGCGUUUUUAGUGGUAUCCGAUGACCACGCGUGGUGCAAGAGCAACUUGGACGGUCUGCCGGGCGUCAUGCUGAUCAGGCGUCACGAUCCAUCCGUUGAAUUGACGGUACUGGGUCUGUUGGACCAUUCCAUUAUCAGCACGGGAUCCUUGUCGUGGUGGGCCGCCUUCAUGGCCAAAGGCAAAGUUGUGUACUACGCGGACUUUGUGGAGAAGGACUCCAAAGCGAGGAGUCGCUAUGACGCCAAUUUCGAAGACUACAUGUUACCCGGGUGGAUCCCCAUGUCAUAAUGAGUGUCCGUGGUUUGUUGAACACAUUGAAUUAAACACUUGGCCUAUGGAUACAGCCAGUGAGUGCCAGUGGUUUGUUGGACACAUUGAAUGAAACCCUUGGCCUAUGGAUACAGCCAGUGAGUGCCAGUGGUUUGUUGAACACAUUGAAUAAAACACUUGGCCUAUGGAUACAGCCAGUGAGUGCCAGUGGUUUGUUGGACACAUUGAAUAAAACACUUGGCCUAUGGAUACAGCCAGUGAGUGCCAGUGGUUUGUUGAACACAUUGAAAUAAACACUUGGCCUAUGGAUACAGCCAGUGAGUGCCACUGGUUUGUUGAACACAUUGAAUAAAACACUUGGCCUAUGGAUACAGCCAGUGAGUGCCACUGGUUUGUUGAACACAUUGAAUAAAACACUUGGUCUAUGGAUACAGCAGAUGGUGAUUCAUUCGUGGUUUAAACAAAAUAUUAUUUUUUGUGAUGAGCGAUGUCAGCUUUAUAGGGAGAUGUUUUUUUUCAACCACCGAACUCUACCAUUUACGAUUAUAACUUUGAGAAUUGUAUUAUUGUCUUUUAACCGGACUGUAAUGUAUAUUUUAAAAUAAUUCUGUUUUUUUAUGUGCUUACCAACUAACUCAAAAGCGGUUGAGUAAGCAGUUGGUAUAGCAUGAAACAGAUUAGAAACAAAGCAACAUGUUUUGAGACAUUUAGUGCAUGACCAGUUUAGGACACAAUGGUACGGGCAGUGGGCAGACGAUACAAAGGUCAGAGGUAUACAUGCUAAUAUGCCCUACUCUAGUAAGACAGAUCCAUGUUGGAAAUGGGGUCGCAGAAAACAGAGUCUGUUGACCCAAAGGAGAACGGGGCACUGCCUUACAAACUCUUACUUUCACAUAUUCGACAAAAACAGGGGCCCGAGCUGCCAGCAUUGCGCACUGGUCCCAGAGAAGGUUGCGUGCCUGUUGGCUUCGUGCCCCAAGCUUUAUCUUGGGUUAGGCCAGUCCUAUGUUAAUAAAAAUGUUACAUUGGUACGGCCCUACCGAUGGAGUCAGUUGCCACAGUGAUGGCCGGGGCUUUAAAGAAAGAGACGACACGCAUUCACCAGAAUAUGUAAGUUAGUGCAUGAAUCAGGUAGUAUUACCAGAAAGUCCUUUAAGCCGAAGACACUGCAGCUCUUGGGAGGAUAUAUGACAAUGGCCCCCCAAAAACGUCUGUCUGUAAACCAUAAUCCAAGGGUGCAUGUUUGGGUCGUUUUGGCAUGUAUAUCAGGGAUAACCAAUCCUACAGUGUUUGGCAAGGGAACUUCUCACCAUGUCUUAUAGAAUUUUCUUCCAUUGGUGACUGCCACGCUGCGAUCCAGCCCCGCAAAAGCAGGUUGUAUGAGACAGUUAUGAGGCUAGCAAACGCAGGUUGUAUGAGGCAGUGAUGAGGCUAGCAAAAGCAGGUUUUAUGAGGCAGUGAUGAGGCUAGCAAAAGAAGGUUGUAUGAGGCAGUGAUGAGGCUAGCAAACCUGUCUGCCGUUUUCAUUAUGCUGUUGGUUAAUGAUGCGACAUUUUCAAAUCGUUUUUAAUCUUCCAAUCCAUGUUUCCUUUGAUGGUCAUCGUAGCAUAUAUUCUGUAGCGUCCCAACCAAACAAGUUGACGGGAGGUUAAAGUUAAAUUAAAAUGUGUGACGGGAAAGAUUGGCAUAAUAUAAAAAUGUUAUCCAUACUUUUUAACAUUGAUCAUAUUUUUGUGGUCUGUAUGCACGACCAGAUAGCAAAAAUAAAUAAGGACACAAAUACGAAAAAAUAAACACGCAAAUUAUUUACCUUACGGAUGUCGUCACGGGCUAAGUUGGAAAGCUAUACUUAACUUAUUACGUUAAAAAAACACCCAAAAAAAAACAAAAAACAAACAAACAAACAAACAAACAAACAGCUACAAUGAAAUGAAUAAGAACAUGGUUUCAGUUGUUCAACAUGGUCAAUUUAUUUGGUAAAUUUAUAUCUUUUAUUAGAAAUUUCUACUCCAUUCUGAAAUAAUACACGUUUAAUUGGUGUCACAGAGCAGGGAAAAGGCAUUCCUUUAAUUUAAAGAAACUUAGAGCUUCAGUAAAGGCUCGCGGUUUCCUUAAAAUUGAUUGACAACACUACACAGGGUCAUUCAUGUUUCUGGGCUGGAUAUUUUUUUAGUGGUGUGCCUUUUAGCACGUGCUGUUCAAUUCAUAGAGAUGAUUAAUACUAUAGCAAUGUAUAUUGGUUUUAUAGCCUGAUGUUUGAGUUAUGAUUUUUGAGGAUUCGACAGAUAUGUUUGUCUCUUUAAUAUUUGUUUGACCCUUUUUUGUUUGUUUUAUUAUUCAUUUCAUGGGAAUUAACAAUAAUAGAGGCUAAUAAAUGUGGCCUGGAGAAUCCACUUACAGGGAUCGGAGGUAUUUAUUUAACAUUUAGAAUGAGCAAAUUCAUAGUAUAAAAAUAUAUUCCUUAUCAAAAUAAUACUUUUUUUUUUCAAAUAGGGAAGUACGUCAGUGGAACUUUCUUAAAAGAUUCAAGAAUACGCUGGUUAACUAAUCAUUCACAUGAGUUGACCUGACUGCCAAGCUACACAUCAGUUUUCAAGAAUGUUCUUUUGAGUAGACACACACAUGCUAGUAACCACCACGACAGUAUGCGUCUAUGAGGCUGCAUCUUACUGAUGGCGUUUCAUUGAUUUAGCGCAGGCGCAGCCCGUGGAGGCAUGCUAGAGAAAAAUCGAACACGAAGCUGGUCUCACUGCCGGUAGACUAUGUCAGUUUUUUGUAUCCAUCGUAAUUUGUUGCUCGGUCUAUUCCCCC